AUGUUCAUACGUGGUCUUAUCGAUGUUGUUUGCCAGGUUUGGUAUCACUCGAACUGUGCCACACGGGGUCGUGGUUGUUUCAAUACCAGACUGGUCGAACAGGGUGGUUGUUGCAUCUGGUACAAUGAACCCAAUCUACUGGGGGAUAUCGAGGAGCAUUUGGGCAUCACUAUUGACACAGUCGACUCAAAUCUGUCCAUCCCGGCCGAUGCAUUUGAUGGCAAGGUGGUGUACGGUCAGAAGUUAAAACAUCUUGCACCAACCUACAAAAGCCAUGUCGAUGUGCUUGCAUCCUCGGUGAAGGAGUUGAACCAGUUGGAGAAACGGGCACAGCAGAGCUUUUUACGUCUCAAAUAUGCCGGAGAAAUCAAUGCCUGA